GGUAAUCGUAGUCCUGUGACGUCUUCCGCUUUCAGUGACAGUAGUCUCUGCAUGUAACUUUCUGGAGUCAACAUUUUUGUUCUGUUUACGGAGUUCGGGGACUUGCAUCUUGAAAAUAAACACGCUGGGAAAUUUAGAGUGGUUUUGAGAACAUUUCCGUUUUCAAUGGCGGAGGCAAGUGGCACUGCGGUGAACGAUUUGCCUCCUGGAGAUCCGCAGCUUAUAGGCCUAAUCGUGGAGCACCUAAAGAGCAGAGGACUUUUCGACGAGUUCCGCCGAGAUUGUCUGGCUGAUGUUGACACAAAGCCAGCCUAUCAGAACUUGCGACAGAAGGUUGACAACUUUGUGUCCACACACCUAAAUACCCAAGAGUGGAAUCCGACGAUCAACAAAAACCAAAUGCGAAACGGACUCAGACAAAGUGUGGUGCAGUCAGGCAUGUUGGAGUCAGGUGUGGACAGGAUCAUUACCCAGGUGGUGGACCCCAAGCUGAAUCACAUUUUCAGACCCCACAUAGAGAACGCCAUCCAUGACUUCCUCUCCGGUGACAGGAAGGAGGAUGGGGCCCCGGGCGCACCCCCACCAGAGGCGGAACAGCAAGAGGCCCCCAGCACCCUACCAAAAACUCCCUGAGGUGCAGGAUGGAAGAGUAAACAUGGUGCUUCACUCAACAUAUUAACUGAAUUCACCUGUUCCAAACGUCGUCCAACACAACGGUGGAACGAGAGAGUGAUGCAAAAUGGCUACUGCGUUCCAAACCCCCCCCUCCCCCUCUAUACUGCUCCAUAUUGGGCAGCCUGUAGCGUAGUGGCUAAGGUACGUGACUGGGGAAGGUUGUUGGUUCAAGCCCCGGUGUAGCCAUGAUAAGAUCUGCACAGCUGUUGGGCCCUUGAGCAAGGCCCUGGUGUUCCCCAGGUGCGGCUGCUGCCCACCCAGGUGCGGCACACCAAAGACGACAUGCCUCACAUCGGGAGGGGAGUCUCGAGCAUUUGCGCAAAUAACAUGUCAUGCUCUAUGGAAAUGUGUUUUUCAGCUCCUCCUUAAAAUCUUUUUCAAAAAUACUUUUCUGCACUUAAUUCCUCCAUUUUUAUUUAUGAAAAAUAAGUAGCUUUGGCAUUCUUAAGCGGGUCAUUUCCCAUGGGAUUGUUUGUGUUUUUCUUUUGUCAAUAAAUGAGUUCGCAAUGAAAAGGGCACAUGGUGUUAUCUGUAAAAAUGAAAUGUGUGACUCGUAUAGAUGUGCCUGCAUAGCAACCAAAGACAAACAGGCAAAAAUACUUAUUUCAGUUUUGUUGUUUGGUUUAAUUUUUUGUUUUUAGGUCUUAGCAGCUUGUGAGCUCCUUUUUAUUUUUAAACAUGAUUAUAGAUGCACAUUAGAUGCACACUCAUAUAUUGAGUUUUAGUGAGAGCAGGGCCGUGGUCUGGGACUGAUCAUGGAAUGGCGUAAUGGGUAUGCUUUGAUUUAAAAUAUUUUGUCCUUGUUGAAGUAUGACUUGUCUAUACAUUUUUAUGAUUAAAUUUUUAAUUGAUCUGGCA